UCAAAACUAUUUUUGUCUUCUGUACUUCUUGUGACUCAACAAUCAGUAAAUCUAGAGCUUUUGACAGUUCCUGUUUUGAGUUAUUACCACAGAUUGUAUCUAUGUUCAGCAUAUUUGUGUGAGAAACUGAACCCAACAAGAGUUUCAUCAUAUGCUAUACAUGCGUUGUAGCUUGUGCUUCAGAGCUGACCCUUUAGAAAAUACUUGGCAUCCUUAAGAGCGAUGGAGGCAAAUUAUGCAAAUGUUGACUCAAGAACUUCAACAAAACAGACAGGUCUGGGGAGCUCACAGAGGAGAUUUCAUGGAGCUCUUCUUGUCUUUCUGGGGCUGCUGAGUGUUUUCCUGCUGGCUGGACUCAUCGGCCUCGGUGUCCACUACCACAGUGUGCGCAGUUCAGCUGAAGAUAUCUCCGUUAUCAUAGACAACCUGACUGAGCGUCUCCAGGACAGUAAUAACAAGCUUUCUUCCAUGUCUGAAGAGAGAGACCUGCUGCUUGCCAACCUCACUGAAAUAACUAAAGAGAUGGAAAAGCUUCAGAGUUUGUCUGCACAGAACAGAAUUUGUCCUGCAGGAUGGAGGAUGUUCAGAUCUUCCUGUUAUCUCCUCUCCAGUGAGUCUGGUUCCUGGUCAAGAGGCAGACAGGACUGCAGAGAGAAAGGAGCAGAUCUGGUGGUUAUAGACAGCACUGGAGAACAGACAUUCUUGUCUACCUUCACUGAGGUAGAAACUUGGAUUGGUUUGACUGACAGAGACGAAGAGGGAACCUGGAAAUGGAUUGAUGGAACACCACUGACUUUAAGGUACUGGACGACAAAUCAGCCUGAUAAUGGAGGUGGAGAUCCGCAGUGGGGUGAAGAGGACUGUGCACAUAUCAGGGCUGAGGGGAAAACUGGAGACAACUGGAAUGAUCGGUCAUGUAAUACUUCUCUGCGGUGGAUCUGUGAGAAAAAUGCUGGUGUAUAAUAUGUAAAAAUGCUUUUUCAAAGCAAACUAUGAUUUUGCAAAAGGCAAAUCAGUUUGUAUGUGUGUGAAUUUAAAACUUUUCUCUGCUGUGCUGAUGACCUUUUGCUUCUGCUCUGCCUUUUUAAAGAGAUUUCUAUAAAUUAGAUGUUUACGGCUUUUGCCAGAAGAGCUUCAUUAACCAAUUUCCAAUGUUUCAAACAACUAAAAGAAGCAGACAGAUAAAACAAAUCAAACCUCUGCAAAAUGCAACAGAUUCAUAAAAACCUUUAUUUUGAUUAAUGUCUUAGCUAAAGAUUUCAUGAUAGUUGAAAGUUGCAAAAAGCCUGAUUGAGACCAUUUCUUAUGACAUCCCUCAUAUCAUAAUUAAACAAUGUAAUAUAGAUUUUGUGUAAUUAUGUCUUAUUAUAAUCAUCAAAUGACGCUUUCCUGAAAAUAAUUUUUAAAUGAAGUCUGUUCAGCAGCUGAUAGAUCUCUUUAGCAGAGGCCAUCAGUGUUUGUGAAUUUUACUUGAUAAUUAGUGGUUUCACUCAGGAAACACUUGCUGUUGUGAGAGAAUUAUCAAAUUAUUUUAGAUGAAAUGUAAACCAAAACUAUUCAACAGAUGAGUCAAUAUAAAGUCAGUCAAUUACAACAUAUGAGCACUGUACUGGAGUCAGACGUUUGUCAUGACGUCCUUUGUAAUGCUGGUAGCUGAUACUGGUUGUGGCUUUUUAUGUAAUUAU